CUCUGCUGGGCUCCCGGCCCCCCUGAGGUUUCCAGUCGUUCUCUCUUAUGGUGGGUUGGAAACUUUGGGGGGUUCUGCCCCAGCUUGACUGCUGCAGACAGCAAGGAAGGGGCUAUUCUCUGGAUGGCGCAGAUGGGCUUGGUCAAGAUCUCUGAAAGCCACCACAAGGUACCGUGUGUGUACAUGGAGAGGGUUCCCAGAGCAGGCACCGGUGGGACGUGGAGCAGAGCCCAACUCGGCAAGCAUGGGCCAGUCUGGCCACCUCCACCGGCACUGGGCCAGUGCUCUGCCCCGCUCGCAUGCCCCGGGCCAGCCCGUGCCCUUGGGGACCCACGUCUCGUCCUCUCCUGCUAAGAUGGCAUUAGCCAGGGGCUGCAGUUAGUGUUAUCCCCAGCCCGGUGACCCAAUCGCCCAAGCAGAUUAGCUGUAAGACCUUAAGACAAAACAGAGGCUACGUGCCCGGUGCUGCACACUGCGGAAAAUGUCCACCCUGAAGACCCUCCUGGCCCUGGCCAUCCUCACAUCCCUGGCCGGAGAAAGUAAAGCGCUGAAAUGCCACAAGUGUGUUGCGUCCAACGAGGACGACUGCAACAAGCAGGGCUCCCACAGCUGCCCCCAGUACGCCGAUGCCUGCUCCGUCAUCACAGCGCCAAACAGCAUCAUUAAAUCCUGCUCCUACAAGUCCUUCUGCGACCAGGCACGGCGCGGCGGCUCCGGCGGGGCCACCGUGAGAUGCUGCUUCAGCGACGACUGCAACAAGUCACUGCGUGGCUCCGGCGGGAGGCCCCGGCCACUGAACCUGCCCAGCCUGCUGGUCACCGCGCUGGCCGGGACACUGCUGCUGGGCUGGCCAUGAGGGUCCCGGGCGAGGGGCGGCCGGCCGGGGGUAGCUGCUUGCUGCGGUAGCCUAGGGACGGCGCGGGACGGCGGCCGCGGGGUUUGCUCUCUGCUUAGAGCGCGGGAGAGGCCGAGCCGCCACCACUCAAAUAAACGCUGCACUUCAAACCCAUGCUGGCAGCCACCGCUUCUCAUUUACAGCAAAACCGUAACCCUGCCCGUGCUCACCUGGCUUCUUGCGGGAGUGGGAGCACAGCCAGACAGAGCCCGGGGGGCCUGGGGCAGAGGCCCCCCAGCCCCCAGCCCCGACAGAGAUGCUUCUGGGCUGCUUUGCGCUGAGACUCACGGCUGCAGGGAGCAGCUGCUUCCCUCCCGCAGCUGCAAAGACACGGGCCUGGACAGACUCUAGAUAUAUUUGGGGUGAAAUAUUGGCUGAGCCCGUGCGGCACAGCUCUUUGCUGUCCCCCCCAACCCGCCAGCCCCCGCAGAGAGCCGCGGACACGCUGCACGGGGGGGUGGGUUUGUCCCCGGACAAGCAGCGCUUGUGUCUGCAGCCACAGAGACAUCAAACCUUGGGGGGACUGAUUCACCCCCGGCCAUCACCACCACCUCCGGGAGCUCUUGCUUUCCUUCUUUCCCGCAGGAUUUCCCUCUGACCCCCCCGCGGGGUGUGUCCCACGGGUGCCCCUUGUUAUCACCCGCUGAAGUGCGAUUUUAUGGAGAAGUCCCGCUGCAGCCCAGCCCCGGGGCUGGUCUAAUGCCGGCACAGGGGCCUGGCCCGGGGCAGUUUGCAGUCGAAAGAGAAGAGAAGUGAUGCCUGGGCGAGGUGCAGAGGGGAUGAACGUGCCGGGUGGCUGGGGAGGAUGCAGGACACGGGGACUCAGGCUGAGCUGCCCAGUGGGAAAUUCCACUGGAUGUUGGGAUAAGAACAAAGCUGCCACGGCACUGGUGGCACUGCGGCACCCAGGGGCAGGCAGGCAAACCACUUUCCUGGUUCUCUCCAAUAUAUGAUGCUUAGGAAGGUGAAAGCAUCGCAUCGAGCCGAGCGGAUGCCCGUGCUCUGCUCGCUGAAAGCUCUGCUGGAGGGACCCCAGGGGUGCCCGGUGCUGCUUUGUUUUGUGAGGGAGAACAGUAAAAGUGAGUGAGCGAGAAUGAGAAGAAAGGGGAAUGGUGAAGAGAGGAGAAAGAAGGAUGGCCAGGUGUGUCGGAGGGGAGAAUGGGAGUUUGACUGCAAGAAAUAUAACACAGGGCAUGUCAGCAAAGUGCUGACUGCAAACCCAGCCACUGCUCCUCCAGCAAAGCAACCUGACAGGAGUUUCCCUUAGUCAUAACGCAAGAAAAAAGGGAACAGGUACUGAAACCAAAAAGAGCAAGUUUGAGCAGAGGAAGAAAUAAUUCAGCGUACUUGGAUCCAGCCGUGGAACUCCCUGCUGCAGGAUGAAACAGAGACCUCGCACCUUCACAAGCUCUGUGGGGAGACCCUGACACCGACUCCGGCCCCAUCAGCAUCUGCAGCCAGGCGAGGGGGGGCUUUAGGGUCUGCAACCACCUGAGUGCACGGGGAGGCAGUACAAGGGACAACGCACCAGCUGCCCCGAGGAAUGACCCGUCUCUGACAAGGGUGAUGCCAGAAGGAGCCCGGCAUGCCGUACUUGGAUCGACAGAACCGUAUCUGCGGGUUCCUGGACAUCGAAGAAAAUGAGACCUGCGGCAAGUUUCUGCGGAGGUAUUUCAUCCUGGACACCCAGGCCAACUGCCUCCUGUGGUACAUGGACAACCCCCAGAACCUGGCUAUCGGUGCGGGUGCUGUCGGAUCCCUGCAGCUGACCUACAUCUCCAAGGUUAGCAUCGCCACCCCGAAACAGAAGCCGAAAACUCCGUUCUGCUUUGUCAUCAAUGCUCUAUCCCAGCGCUAUUUCCUACAAGCCAGCGACCAGAAGGACCUGCAGGACUGGGUGGAGGCGUUGAACCGGGCCAGUAAGAUCACGGUGCCAAAGGGCGGCAGCGUCCCACCGGCCGCGGAGAUCACGAAGCCUCCCGUGGUGGCCCAGGCCCAGGAGAGGAAGCCCCAGGUGGCCUACAAAACCGAGAUCAUCGGGGGGGUGGUGGUCCACACACCCAUCUCCAUCAACCAGGUGAGCUGGCAGGAUCCACACACCGCCCCAGAUCCUGGGGGUAAAAUUCCUGCGACAUCAGCACCCCGCUUCGGUGUCCCCAUUCCCCAUGGUUUAAGAGCAGCACCCAAGGGGGAUAAGCAGAAGAGGCAGCAGCUCUCUCCGUGCGUAGCUGGGCGAGGGCGUUCCCACCACAGCCCUGCACCUUGCUGCCGGGGCCCCUCCGCACCUGAGCUGGGCUUCGCGGGUCCCAGCCCGCAGGUUUUGUGCCUGGCCCCUGCCAGCAAGGGCAAGCGGCCUCCUGCCUCCACCUGGGUCUGCAAAUCACUUGUUGCAAACGCUGCUCAGAUUUCUGCUUCAGGAAGGGAGGGCACCGGGAAGGCGAGUGUCGGGGUGUUGUUCUUGCUUUACCGGCUGGUGCUGGCCCGCGCUCCGGCUGCGCCCCCAGACCCGACCCCCGGGGGUGAUGCUCCCUGUGGCAGCAGUGUCCCCGUCUCUGGGGGUGCGCUGGGUGCAGGACCACGAUGGCGUGGGGAGAGCGCCGGCGCCCAGCACCGAGCGGUUUCUUCCUCCCUUGUGCAGAGGAAGAGCUGGAAGCGCCGGUUCUUCGUCCUGGAUGAAUUUUCCAUCAGCUACUACAAGUGUGAGCAGGACAAGGAGCCCUUGCGCUCGAUCCUCCUCAAGGACGUCUGCAAGAGUCACGAGUGCCUGGUCAAGUCGGGCGACCUCCUGAUGCGGGACAACCUCUUUGAAAUCAUAACGACCUCCAGGACCUUCUACAUCCAGGCAGACAGCCCUGAGGACAUGCGCAGCUGGAUCCGCGCAAUCACAGGGGCAGUCCAGGCCCUGAAAUUCCGCCCCAGGGAAAUGUCCUUCAUGAGAUCCACCUCCGUGGCCAAGCCCGGGGGCUCCUCGGGCGGCCCCCAGCAGAAGCAGGCGGUGGAGGAGAGGAGAGCGCUGUGCAGAGCCCCCCCAUCCUCCUCCUCGUCCUCCUGGCAGCCCUGGACGCCGGUGCCACAGGCCGGGGGGAGGCAGCCGGUGCCGGGGGAGGUUUCCACCUCCACGAGGGACUCGGUGUUCACUCCGGCCCUCCCGGAGCGUGACGGCGGAGCGGCGCCGGGCAGGCGUGUGCGGCACAGGUCAGAGCCGCAGCACCUGAAGGAGAAGCCGUUCGCCUUCGACCUGGACGAUGAGAGCAUCCGGACCUCCGAUGUCUGACUGGGGGCUGAGCCGCCCCCCCGGGUCCCUGCGGGGCGGACGGUUGGUCUCAGACCGAGUUCACCCCAUCACGGCGGGGGUGAAGUGGCCCCUUCCCUCCGCUGCCGCCCUCCCCCCCCCGACACGGGCUCCCUGGACCCGUGUCCCAGCGCCCCGCUCUGCCGGGGGCCGGGGUCCCUGCCUGCUCCUGCCUGGACUCUGCCUGGGGGGGGUCGGUGUUUUGGGAGCUGCCUCCGGGCAGGACGACCCACAGGCACCUCGUGCUACCAUCGCUCGCUGUGCAGAGCGGACCCGGAUGAGGGGGCACCCUCUUCUGCAACCGCAUAAUUUCCCCCAAAACCUGGAGGAAGCAGUGGGAGGUCUCGGAGGCAUGAAGGGGAGUGUGGCCUUUCUUGUUUUAGAAAAGACAUUUUUCUCCCCUUUCACGCUGCUCAGCCUUCCCCAGGCAGCUGGGCAGAGCCGGGCAGAGCCAGCCCGCAGCUGCCUGCAGGAGGGACGCGCUGCAGCUCCCCCAUUCGAUGACAUUUUCCCGAGGAGAUCAGCUCCUUACGCUGCCUGACCAGUGGGGUAUCGACAGCUCUGCUGGCUUUUAAUUACCCUUUUUAUACCUGUGGCCAGUGUUAGACCGCGGCGCCGGCAGGCUCCUGCUCAGCCCCUCGGAGAGGUUUGUUGGUACUUUCUGAGCGUGAGCCUGGGCGAGCGGCCAGUGCCGCGGUGGCUCCCAGCGACGGGAGGAUCUUCGGGUACGGUGUCGGCUUUGCACUGUGUCUGUCUGGGCACCACAAAGUCCUGCCCGGGUGGCAAAGAGCUUUUAGCAAAAAGCAGCACAAGCCGAGUGUCUGAUGGAGACGGGAAGAAUCGCCCAGCCCACUCGCCUGCUGCCCGCCUUGGAAUGAAAACGAGCGGAAGUUUUUAGAGCAAAUUUGUGAUUUCCAUAACCAAAUCAGCUCCUGCAGGAGCACCAGGGGCUGUGCGGGGUGUUUUAACACAUUCUUGUUGCCAUCUCGGCUGUGCCCCAGCCGACACAGGCUCAGCAGCGCGGGGAGUGGGCUGGAGUUACGAGGCUUCCCUUUACUGUGGACUAGUUACCUGGUUUUGGUUUUUGUUUUUUUUUUUUUUUUUCUUUUCUUUUUUCUUGUCAUUACGUGUUCUCUGCUCUGCAAUAUCAGCUCACCGUGCUCCCCAGGAGCAAAAAAAUCUGGUUUGUCCCUGCCCUUUCCAGGUCUCCAGCUGUUGGACAGUUGUGCUUCAGCCUAGCUGAGGCUCGGCCUGGGACCGAGCGGAGCUUUAUCAGUUGAGCUCCGAGGUGUUGGUUGACCCAAUGGAUCUUAACGAGCUUAAAAUUGCAUCGAUCCCCUCCCGCCUCGGAGGGGCUCCUCCUCCAGCCCUGCUGCGCUGGGGCCCGGGCAGGCGCGGCUGAAGGUGCCUUGGCGCAGCCUUGGGCCAAAUUCAGGGGUUAGAGUGGCUCAGGGGGGUUGCGUGGAGGUGUGGAGAACACUGAAACUAUGAAAACGAGUGGGAAUCGAUGCAAAUGGUACGGGGUGAGUGUUAGUAUUUGUUAUUUAAUUGUAGAAACCUAGAUCAUGCUGUUCCUUUUUUUUUUUUUUUCCUUUAUUUGCACUAGUGUUUGGAAUAUUUUAAUUUUUUUAGGCUGACUUGCUGUUUGGCUCAUAACAUGGUGCUCCAGAAAUGUUUCAGUGAUUUGGUAAGCCUAUCAAUCACAGAGUCACAGCGUUUGGUGAUAGCGCUCUGACCUGGUUUCUGGAGAACAUCGGAGGGAUGAUGGUUACUUUGUGCAAUGCCUCAGAACCGUGGAGCACCAAGUGUUUGUGUUCUUGGUAAUGGCAGAGUUUCCUCGGGCCUGGGAUGGUAAAGCAGACGCUUGUUGCACAAUUAUGGUUAAUUAUUCAGGAGGAGAAACUACCAGUGACUCCAGAGCUAUUGCAACAUUCCUGUUGCUCAUUCCCACCCUCCCCAGCCCCAGGACAGCAGAAGGGCUGGAUG